AAAUUGUAUGGCAUGCAGAACUGCAGAUACAUACAGGUAUAUAUAAAAGAGGAGCAAGCACCCCACUUGUUAUGCUACCGCUGUAUAUGUACCCUAUUGAGCAACAGACAGCAUUUAUACAUUCCAUUUGUAUACUCGUUAUUACACAGUAACGGACUGUUACAUAUUUAAAAACAUCCGAAAAAAAGACAUGAACUGGGAAUUAAGGAUGAUUUUGGUCACUCUUUUGGCUCCCGCCGUAUCAGCCGCACCGCCGGUCAAUUCGGCCGUCCUGUAUGCCCAUGAAAUUGCUGCCCCGGCCUACGCCGCUGUCACGGUCCUUUACCCGUCUGUCCUACCCUACGCGGGCUACGCUGUCCCUGAGCCCGUCCAGGUUGCCGUUCAACCCAAGAUCACUUACGAUUUCCCCGCUCCAAUAGCAAAAUCAGCCCCAACACCAGUUAAAGUAGAAUACGACAUUCUAGGACCGAUUGCUGCCCCAGCACAAGCCCCAGUCAUCCGGGUUGCUGCACCAGUCAAGGUCGAGUACAUUUUGCCUCCACGCAUAUCUGCUCCAGCUCCGGUUGCAGCUCCCGUUGCCCUGCCGGCUGCCGGCUACGACUUCCUUGCUCGCGUCAUUUAAAACUUCAACUUUAUUAGCUAAAUAAUGGCAGCUUUUCCGAGAGUGGUUCAGAUUGUUCAAUCAUAUUUAAACGAAUAAAAUUAUUUAAAAUAUCAUAUGAUCGUAUUUUCCCUAUAACGCUAUGUAAUUAUGGGAUUCCGGGUAUCGGAUUGACUCCGGAUUGAUGUCUGAAAAUGCGUCAUAUUGCACAAGUCUAAUGCUGUAAUACAGUAAC